CCAAUAGCCUUUGGACGCAAGACAAAAACUUGCAAAAAAUAUCUCUUCCAAAUGUAACUAUAAGUUCUGGAGACAAUGCUGCCAUCCACACACACCACUGAUUCCUUCACUCUGUUGGGGAUUCUUGGCUUUUGCCACUCCAGUGUCUGUGGGUGUUCCGAAUUGUCCUUCCCCCACUUUUGGCCAGCGGAUAUUCAAAGGAAGGGUUGCCUGGUCCCGCUGUGUGUGCUUCCUGUUUGUGGCCUGCCUGUGUAAGCCCUAUUCUCCCCGCUGCCAGCUUCGCCUCCCUCUGUUACGUCUCGGAGGCGACAGGGAGUGGUUGACUUGUUUUCAGCGGGGACGGUAAAUUAGCUGUGACGCAAUGUGCUGGGUGUAUUUCACAGCCGACGCUUGGUGCUCCGGAGCCCGUGGGAGGCAUCUGGAAGCUGGCAGGCGUGGCCCCGGCGGGACAGCAUGGCCGAGCCACGCCCCGAGAGCACCAGCCUACAGAGGAAGAAGCCACCAUGGCUGAAGCUGGACAUCCCCGCGGCCCCCCAGCUGUCCUUCGACGAGCCCCCCACCUUCGCCCAGUCAGCGAAACCACAGAGCUUCUUGCGCAGCCUGAGUGUGCCGGCGGAGAGCGCGCAAGUCAACUCGCCGUACCGCGACCCUCGCGAGCUGCGGCGCAACCCCCUGCAGCGCCAGCCGUCCAUCACGCAGACCAUUAAGAGCAACAAGAGAGUUCACUUUGAGCGGAUUAGCACGUUGCCUGUUAAGGGGCAGCGCACCGUGCGCCGUGUUCCCAGGAGACGUCAGUCCCUGUCCAAAAUCGUCCUCAGAGGCACGGCGGACUGGUUCGGCGUGGGCAAGGACAGCGAUGCCACGCAGAGAUGGCAGCGGAAGAGUCUUCGGCAUUGCAGCCAGCGCUACGGCAAGCUGAAGCCCCAGGCCAUGCGGGAGAUGGACCUGUCCAGCCAGGACAACCUCUCGCUGGCCAGCACUGAGACGCCACCGCCUCUCUACGUGCCAGCGUCACAGCAUGGCAUGCAGAAGAUCGUGGAUCCCUUGGCCAGGGGCCGUGCCUUUCGCAUGGUGGAGGAAGUGGACGGCUACAGCGUGCCCCAGACCCCCGUAACCCCCGGCGCCGCCUCGCUCUGCUCCUUCACCAGCUCCCGCUCCGGCUUCAACCGCCUGCCACGGCGGCGUAAGCGCGAAUCCGUGGCCAAGAUGAGCUUCCGGGCGGCCGCCGCUCUGGUCAAGGGUCGGUCAAUCCGGGAAAGCACUCUCCGUCGGACACAGAAGCGGAGUUUCACCCCCGCCAGUUUCUUGGAAGAAGACACAGUAGACUUUGCAGAUGAGCUGGACACCUCCUUUUUUGCUAGGGAUUGCCUGAUGCAGGAGGAGCUCUCCACGUAUGCAGAUGAGGUGUUCGAGUCGCCGUCCGAGGCUGCCAUCAAAGAGGCCGAGGCCAGCCAAGCGACGGAUGACAGCGACAUGACAGGCAGCGCCCUGGACAAGAGUGAGCUGGAGAGGACCCACCUCAUGCUGCCUCUGGAGCGCGGCUGGCGUAAGAGCAAGGAGGGCUCCCAGAUACAGCCCAAGGUCCGGUUACGGCAGGAGGUGGUGAGCGUCAGUGGGCAGCGGCGGGGCCAGCGCAUCGCCGUUCCCGUCAAGAAGCUGUUUGCACGCGAGAAGCGGCCUUACGGUCUGGGCAUGGUGGGCAGACUCACCAACCGCACCUACCGGAAGCGCAUUGACAGCUACGUCAAGAGGCAGAUCGAGGACAUGGACGACCACAGGCCUUUUUUCACGUACUGGAUUACCUUUGUGCACCUGGUGAUCACGAUCCUGGCGGUGUGCAUCUACGGCAUCGCCCCCGUGGGCUUCUCGCAGCACGAGACGGUUGAUUCUGUUUUAAGAAACAAAGGUGUUUAUGAAAAUGUCAAGUUUGUGCAACAAGAAAAUUUCUGGGUGGGCCCAAGUUCGGAGGCGCUGAUCCACUUGGGGGCCAAGUUCUCCCCCUGCAUGCGGCAGGACCAGCAGGUGUAUGACCUCAUGCAGGAGAAGAGGGACCGGGAGCGGGACUCGGCCUGCUGUGUGCGCAACGACCGCUCCGGCUGCGUGCAGACGUCUGCAGAGGAGUGCUCGACCACCCUGGCGCUUUGGGUUAAAUGGCCACAGCACAAAAGCGUCCCCCUCCUCAACGGCAAAGAACGUCAGUAUGGCUCCGUUUGCCACCAGGACCCAAGAAUUUGCCUGGAACCUGCUUCAGUGUCCCCUCACGAGUGGCCGGAUGACAUCACCAAGUGGCCAAUCUGCAGGGACAGCAAAGGAAACCACACCAAUCUCCCUCACAUAGACUGUGCCAUCACCGGCCGGCCCUGCUGCAUAGGUACCAAAGGGAGGUGUGAAAUUACGUCUCGAGAGUACUGUGACUUCAUGAAGGGCUACUUCCAUGAGGAAGCCACGCUCUGCUCUCAGGUGCACUGCAUGGAUGAUGUGUGCGGACUGCUUCCGUUCCUCAACCCAGAGAUCCCAGACCAGUUCUAUAGGUUGUGGCUCUCGCUUUUUCUGCACGCCGGGAUCCUGCACUGUCUGGUGUCAGUGUGCUUCCAGAUGACAAUCCUGAGGGACCUGGAGAAGCUGGCGGGCUGGCUGCGCAUCUCCAUCAUCUACAUCCUGAGCGGCAUCACCGGCAACCUGGCCAGUGCCAUCUUUCUGCCCUACCGAGCUGAGGUUGGUCCAGCAGGCUCACAGUUUGGCAUCCUGGCGUGCCUCUUCGUAGAGCUCAUCCAGAGCUGGCAGAUCCUGGCGCGGCCGUGGAGAGCUCUGGCCAAGCUGCUGUGCGUGGUGAUCUUCCUCUUUGCUUUUGGCCUACUGCCCUGGAUCGACAACUUCGCCCACAUCUCGGGCUUCAUCUCGGGUUUCUUCCUCUCCUUCGCCUUCCUGCCCUACAUCAGCUUCGGCCGCAUGGACAUGUACCGCAAGCGCUGCCAGAUCAUCGCCGCCCUGCUGGUGUUCAUGGGGCUGCUGGCUGGCCUGGCCGUGCUCUUCUACGUCUACCCCAUCAAGUGCGAGUGGUGCGAGCUGCUCACCUGCAUCCCAUUCACAGACAAGUUCUGCGAGAAGUACGACCUCAACGCUCACCUCCACUGAGCUCAUUGGACAACCAGAGGGCUUGGCUGAUGACCACAUUCUUCCUGCUUCCUGUACUUUCCUCUGCACCAAUCACCUUGGGCAACACAUCCCUUAUUUUCUCCUAUCACGCUCCUCCUCUGCAAUAUGAGAGUGAUUUUUUAAUUAUUAUUAUUAUUAUUAUUAUUAUUUGGUCAGUUUGGUCACUAUAUUAUCACCUCUCCCAGUUAUAAAACUCACUUAUUUCACACUGACCAGGUUGUUAAUGUAAUCUGAUUGAAGAUGUCUAGAUUUUGUCUAGAAUGUCACACAUUGUUUUUAAUGCAUUUGAGAUGAACCAGAGGAAAGUGACCUGCAGAGUCAGACGUAACCUCAGAGUACAUCCUUCAUUUAGUAUUUCUUUUAUUUCGUAAGCACUUCACCAACCAGGCCUAGGAUUUUAACGUCAAACUGAAACGGGAGUACGAACAAAACAAUUUUACAAUAUGCCUUUGGUGCCUUGUUGAUAAAUGUACUACUGCCAUAUUUUUGUUACGCUAGAUGGAGCACUCAAAUUUAACCUUUUAUUUGUACGUUACUACAGACGUGGUGAUGGAAAACGAUACGGUAGUGUUUUAGCUACCAUCAACUUACUUGUAACUAAGAAUACAGCUAGAGAAAACCUCAAGCUA